CACGGGACUGAAAUGCCGUGGACAUAACCUACAGAUGGGACUUUUUGGAGACCAUACCUUCUACCUGGUUCCCAUCCAUGUCCAUUCAGCGCUCGUGCCUAUCAUGGACGGCUAGAGCAAUUGAGGUAUCGUUGGUAAGAUGCGUAGGUACCCCGAUCAUACUCGCUCGAAUUCAUACCGAAUGUCCGGUAACGCAGACUCGACUUGGUCUCUACAGUAGUGACUUCCUUUCACUCUGCAUCUCCGUUGUUGCAUGUGUCCGAUUACGAGCUAGCCUCAGAUGCUCAAGCCACCAAAGAAGACACUUUUCUCAGCACUGUUGUUUCCUGAGGUGAGGAAUGCUCAAAGAGGACUCUCCUUCUCCGUCGACACUGCUCCCGGUAGAAAAGUUCUCUCUCAUAUACUCGGCCUCUUUGCCUUCGAAAAGCUAGUUCGCGUCUCAUCGCGCUGGAAGACAUCCCAAACUUCGUGGUGCGACACAGACAAGCCUUGCAUCUCAUGAUGUAGUGAUAAUGUCAUCAAGGCCCAUCAUUCACAGAGCAACC